AUGGAUGACGACGACGGCGACGUCGACGUCCUAUCGUUCGCGUACCAAGUGGCCAUGCGAGCCAUGUUCCUCCAGCCCUUCAUCGACCAGAUACUCCGGGAGGAGCUUGCGCAGCCCACCGGCGGCGGCACGGUGGUGGGGGGCGCGCCCGCGUCGGAGGAGGCGAUCCGGGCGCUGAAGGACGUGGCCAUCACCGAAGGCGGCGACCAGCCAAAGGACGUCUGCGCGAUCUGCCUUGAGGAGACGGCGGCGGCGGCGUGGAAGGAGAUGCCGUGCGGGCACCAGUUCCACGGCGCGUGCCUGGAGAAGUGGCUGCGCAUGCACGGGACGUGCCCCAUGUGCCGCCACCAGAUGCCGACGGCGCCGGCGGCGGAGGUGGAGGUGGUGGACGCUUUGGCGACGUCGGACUCGAUCCUGGUGAUGAUACGUGUGCGCAGCCCUAACGACGAUGGCGCGGCUCCCGUCGAGCACAACAUAUACGACGACAUUUACCAAAUUUACGAAAUACCGUUCGUUCCUUCGACAAAUCCAUAG